AUGGCUUUGAUGAGAAGUCUUUUGGCUGCAAGGAAGAUUCUUACAAGCAAGGCAGCUUCAACACCAAAAGGAUUUCUUACGGUGUAUGUAGGGGAGAGCCAGACGAGAUAUAUAGUACCAGUUUCGUUCUUGAACAAGCCUUCUUUUCAAGCUCUGCUGAGUAAAGCUGAAGAAGAGUUUGGGUUUGAUCAUCCAAUGGGCGGCUUGACAAUUCCUUGUCCUGAAGAAACUUUAGUCGCUAUAGCUGCACAGCUGCGAUAG